CCUUCCUCAUCCACAACCCCAUCGGCCUGCGCGACAAGCCCCUCGUUGAUCUUGUCGAUCGCCAUGGCUGUCCUCUCGCUUCCCCGCGCCCUGCUUUUUGCGGGGGCAGCCCUUCCCUUCCAGUCUCUUGCCCAGACCAUCACCACCGGGGAUGGCAAAGUGAUCCCCGCCACCAACGUCACCGUGGCUCCGGCUGCCCAGGCCGUGGCGGCCGAUGCGGAAGCCAACGCGCUGCAGCUGACCGACGCGGUGCUGGCCAACCUGACGGCCCACCAGCUGAGCGACAUCGACCUCUUCCAGUUCGGCGACAGCAACGCCACCGCCAGGAUGGCCAAGCGCGCCAGCGUCGGCGACUGCAAGGUCUGGCCCGGCGACGCCGCCUGGCCGUCGCCCCUCACCUGGGAGGUCUUCAACCUGCUGACCGGCGGCGCGCUGAUCAAGACGGUGCCGAUCGGCGCCGUCUGCUACCCCAACAGCGGCGUGUACAACGCGCAAAAGUGCGCCGGCAUCCUCGCCAACUGGACGCAGUCGGCCACUCACGCCAAUGACCCGACGUCCGUCAUGUCGCCGCUCUACCAGGGCGAGACGUGCAUGCCGCAGAACGGCAACACAUCGACGUGCACUCUGGGCGGCUUCCCGUCGUACGCGGUCAAGAUCGAGAGCGUGUACCAGAUCCAGCUGGCCAUCAACUUCGCGCGCUCCACGGGCGUGCGCCUGGUGGUCAAGAACACGGGCCACGACUUCCUGGGCAAGUCGUGCGGCGCCGGCGCGCUGUCCAUCUGGACGCACAACCUCAAGUGGACCCGCUUCAUCCCGUCCAUCCGCACGCCGUCGUACUCGGGCCCGGCCAUGGAGAUCGGCGCCGGCAUCGAGGUCGGCGACCUGUACGCGGCCGCUAACCAGUACGGCGUCACCGCCGUCGGCGGCGAGUGCAAGGGCGUCGGCGUCUCGGGCGGCUACACCACCGGCGGCGGCCACUCGCCCAUGUCGGGCAAGCACGGCCUCGCCGCCGACCAGGUGCUGAGCGUCAACGUGGUGCUGCCCAACGGCCGCUUCGUCACGGCCAGCGAGACGGAGAACACGGACCUGUUCUGGGCCCUGCGCGGCGGCGGCGGCGCCACCUUCGGCGUCGUCACCUCCAUGACCGUCAAGGUCUACCCCAAGAUGACCUUCUCGGGCGUGACGUGGACCAUCACGACGGGGCCCGACACCAACAACACGGACGACGUCUUCUGGCAGGCCAUGUACGCCUACUGGCGCAAGUUCCCCGACUACGCCGACCAGGGCUCGUACGGCUACAGCGAUAUCUUCCCGCGCGGCCCCGCCGGGUCCGGGGCCGGCUACACGUGGACCAUGAACCCCUGGCUGGUGCCCGGCAUGGCGCUGGCCGACUUCCAGGCCAUGGUGCAGCCGCUGCUGGACGAGUGGACCGCGCUCGGCUUCGACUUCACGCCCGUCUUCUUCGAGCACGACAACUUCUACGACGCGUGGACGCGCCACUUCCCGACCGAGUCGGUGGCCAACUCGAACCUGCGCACCGCCUCGCGCCUGUUCCCGCGCGCCAACUGGGCCAACGAGACGCUGCGCGAGGCCAUGUUCGACGCCGUGCGCUCCGUCGUCGAGGACGGCUCCGCCCUGAUCCAGUACAACAUGAACCCGGCGCAGCCGCAGGGCAGCCCGGACGCGGCGGCCAACACGCACUGGCGCGACGCCGUGUGGUACGGCAUCAUGGGCGCCAGCUGGGCCGACGGCCUGACCCAGGACCAGUUCGAGGACGUGCAGAAGAUGAUCACGCUCGACUGGAUGGCCCGCCUGCGCCCCUACGGGCCUGGCGGCUACCUCAACGAGGGCGACGUCAUGGAGCCCGACUUCGGCGACGCCUUCUACGGCACCAACUACCCCCGCCUGCUGCAGCUCAAGCGCCAGAUCGACCCCUACGACGUCUUCUGGGCCCCGACCGCCGUCGGCUCCGACCGCUGGCGCGUCCAGAACCAGGGCUGGCUGACCCUGCAGACCGGCAAGCUGUGCAAGGUGUCCGAGUAGGCCGUCCAAGACGUUGCCCGCCCGCGUUUGUACAUAGUGCAUAGUGUGUGUGGAGGUUUACUUUUUUAGAUCAUUCGGUGUAAUAAUUGAAUUGUGGCCAUCCUGUCUUCUUCUCGGAUUAGACUUGGAUUGCCGACUGGAGCCUUGCUGCGUGUGAAGGGUCCCU